CUGCUGGCCGAACCUGGGGUGCUGCUGCUGCUGCUGCAAGUGCUACACCAGGGUUUUGUUCGCUGCGGCAGGGCACAUGCAACACCGCCAAGUAUUUGCACCUUUUUGCGGCCGUCAACCGUCCUGACGAUGCCUGCUUGCAUUCGGCUGUUGUUCGGCUGCCGUAUAGACGUUGAGACUCGUUGGCAGAUCACGUUGGGUCAUUUUCAAGGGACUGCCCAAGCCAGCCAGCCAGCCAGCCGGCCCACCAUGCCUACCAAUCCCACCACCAAGCAAGCAUAUCCGCAAAUCGGGGACAAGAUCUCUUUCUCUCUCUCUCUCUCUGACCACCUCUUUAGCGCAAGGAGUAUCAUUGCGCCAAUCUUCCACAAAACGUUUAGAGACAGAAACCCCCCCUGUUCCAGGAUACCGUUGAUCCUCGGGCCAAAUCGUCACCACUUAGCGCAGAGAGCAGGCGUCGGUGUGGGUACUACCUAG